CUUGGAGAGAAUUCAGUAUUGUUUCAAAAUAGGGAAAUUGGAUAGGGUGUUCCUUUUUUGAAGUAUUCCAUGGCGCACGGAACGUUGGCGGCGGAAUUGUACGAAACCUGACUUGAGCGUGGGGAAUUGGAGUAAGUACAGACACUUGGGCCAGUCAUUUACAUAUAAGAGCGAUCAUCCUCGCUUCUGACUGUCUUUCUCGUGUUUUGACGUUCAUUGUUCACUACAGGAGAAUUUAUACGUUGAUCAUUCCACCAAAUCAAGCCAGAAUGCCCCUCAACUCUAGAGCUGUCUACUCCAGGCAAACCCCCGAUUUUGUUCCAUUUGCGAGUCGCAGGAGUACAGUGCACAGCACAAAUGGAAUAGUCUCUUGCACUCAGCCGCUAGCAGCAGCAGCAGGCCAAAGGAUUUUGAAGGAAGGGGGAAAUGCUGCUGAUGCGGCUGUCGCUGUUGCUGCGGCGCUUAAUGUCACAGAACCCUCUUCAACAGGAAUCGGAGGAGACAUGUUUUGUCUCUUUUAUGAUGCUCAGACGAAAAAGAUCCACUCUCUCAAUGGGUCGGGUCGCUAUCCCGCAAAAGCAAACCUGGAGAAGAUUCGUGCGGAUUUGAAUGUUGGAGCAAACGAUGCCGGAGGCAUUCCCAUGCACAGCGUCCUCGCCGUAACUACUCCUGGAGCUGCUGCGGGGUGGGUUGAUACAGUCGAGAAAUUCGGUAGCGGCAAGCUUUCCUUGGAGCAGAUCCUUCUUCCGGCGAUCGAACUUGCAGAAGAAGGCUUCCCUGUGUCUGAACUCGCAUCUUUCUUUUGGCAAGAAAGCGAGCCCCUGCUCUGGAAGGCAUCACCCAAUGCAAAUGAGAUGCUCAAACCAGACCCCAAAGCUAAAAAUGGGUUCAGGAGUCCUCUUCCUGGAGAAAUUAUGAAGAAUCCAACAAUGGCACAGACAUUCCGAAAGCUUGCCGCAGAAGGCAAAAAGGGGUUUUAUGAAGGGCGAGUUGCGGAGGAAAUUGUCAAAAUUAUCCAGGACCUUGGAGGCUAUAUGACUCUUGAGGAUCUGAAAUACCAUGCAGAGACGGGGACUCAACCAACUGAGGCCAUUUCGCUAAAAUACACGGGUCAGAAUAUCGCAGAGAAACAGUCCGCCGGAACACAAGGCGAGCCCAACCAAGGUGUCGAAAUUUGGGAACAUCCUCCAAACGGACAAGGUAUUGUUGCGCUUAUUGCUUUGGGAAUCCUCCAGGAGCUCGAAAAGACGGGUAAAAUUCCUGUUUUCACGGAAGCGCAACACAACUCCACAGAAUACCUCCAUGCAGUGAUCGAGAGUCUCCGGAUUGCAUUCGCCGAUGCAUCCUGGUGGGUAACUGACCCAGACGUGGAAAAGGUUCCUACACAGGAACUGCUCGACCCAGUAUACCUUGCUGAGAGGGCAAAGUUGUUCGACCCUACCAAAGCGUCCGACAUUCUUGACCACGGUAGCCCUGCCCACAACCACUGCGACACAGUUUACUUUGCCGUUACCGAUAAAGAGGGUAAUGGAAUCUCCUUUAUCAACAGCAACUACGCUGGAUUUGGCUCCGCGAUUAUCCCCAAGGGCUGUGGGUUCACCCUGCAGAACCGUGGUGCCAACUUUUCCCUCGCUCCUGGUCAUCCCAAUGUUCUCGCACCCGGCAAACGCCCGUAUCACACCAUCAUUCCGGCCAUGAUAACCAAUGUUUCCGACGGGUCUCUUCACUCCGUGUAUGGGGUGAUGGGUGGCUUCAUGCAACCACAAGGUCAUGUGCAGGUGUUGCUCAAUAUGCUGGCAUUCAACUUCCACCCCCAGGCUGCUCUGGAUUCGCCGCGUAUCUGCAUCUCAGCGGAAAACCCUGAGAUCGGGAAGGUUGCGGAUCGCACCGUCUACGUUGAGGAAGGGAUUAGUGAAGAAGCCAUCGAGGGACUGCGUAUACUCGGCCACCAGGUAAAACUCCUGACUGGAUGGAAGAGGGGCAUGUUUGGCCGAGGCCAGAUCAUUCGGUGUCACUACGAUGAUGGAAAGCUUGUAUACAGCGCCGGAAGCGAUCCACGGGGCGAUGGGAUGGCAAUUCCCGUUGUUUAAUAUAUAUACAUCGACUGAUGAACUACAGUACAGUCCAUACUAUACCUCACUGACAUGCGCUCAAGAGAAAUGAAUAUGAAGUAUAUGAUGAUAUCCAUAACUGUCUAACAUAAUUCACAAUAUAGAAGAAGAAGAAGAAGAAGAAGAAC